GGCUUGCUGAUGAAACAGUCUUAUGUGGGCCCUUUUCUCACUCUCAUUGUGAGGCCAAGAAAUGUCCUUAAUUUUUUUUUUAAUUUUUAUUUAUUUUAAUUUUUGAAUUAAGAGAGUUUAUUUACAGUUUUUUUCAAAAUAUAAAAAAUUCAGUUUCUUUUUCAGCUUCAACAAAACACCAAACCAUCCUGAAGAAAAUCCUUCCAAAAAUCAGCCAUUUAACUUCAUUUUCCCUAUAAAUAAUUUUAGGGUUUUACUCAUUACAAUCAUAAUUUUUUCACAUAUUUUCUUUAAUCUGCAAAAUCAAUUAAGGUGAAACAAUUUUCAUGGCUGCCUCAGCUGUAUCAUCAUUACACAGCAUAUGCUUAAUAACAACACCUCCUUCUUCUUCAUCAUGUCUUUCCAAAUCUUCCAAAACCCUAUCACGCUCUCCCUUCCUUUAUUCAGAUUCGUUUUCCAGUUUGAAAAACCCAACUCCACUUUUCAAUCUCCAUUUUAAGAAGAAGCUCACAACCCAUAAACCUCAUUCCCUUCCUCUAGUUUUUGCUGCACAAACCAAUUUCUUCAAAGUUAUUCAAACAACAUGGAAGGUUGCAAGUGAUGGAGUUAAGGCUGGAACCAAUAUGGUACCGGCUUCGGUACCAAGACCGGUAGCAAAGGUAUCUGUGGCGAUAGUUGGCUUGACCGUUUCACUCUUUGUUAUCAAAUCUUUCUUGUCCACAGCUUUCUUUGUGCUGGCCACUAUGGGACUUGUAUACUUUACAUUCAUAGCUUUGUAUAAAGAUGAAGGACCAAAAGGAAAUGAUGAUAACAUGACAACUACUAAAGACACUCCUACAUCUACUGAAGACUCUCUAGAAGAAGCUAGAAGUAUCAUGGAAAAGUACAAGUAGCCAUUUUCAAGGGACAGGGAAAAUCCAGUUCUUGCUCAUUCAUAUUCAAAGGAUGACCAACUAGAAAUAAUUGUCAUAAUAUAUAUAGGUUGCUUCUUUAAUUGAUCUAGUCACAUCUUCAGUUUCUGUACAGCUUUAUAAGUUUAAAGACAGGCUUAGCUUUUGCCAACAAUCUCAAUGUGCAAAAAGAGCCUUGUUAGAAUAUUUAUUUUCUUUGUUGUUAUGUUAACACAAGCCAAAAAUCAUGCCUUGGAAUUGAGCUUUUAUUUUCAUUUCAAGUUAAA